UGGUACUGCACCAAGAUGCUGAACAUCAGUGAACCAUCUCUGCAGUUCCUGCCCUGCAGGACCUCAAACCAUCUUCUGCAGCCAUUCUGGGACUAUUUACUUAUUCACUACAUGCCUUUCAUCUCAUCUCCAUUUUUUCCUGUAUUGCUUGGCUUUUCUAGCUAUUUUUUCUUCAGCUUGCCUUUUGCUGUGCUGGACCUCUUGGGAGAAAAGGUGCCCUUAUUCCAUCAGUACAAGAUCCAGCCAGACAAGCAACCAACUCUGAAAAUGAUGUGUAACAGCUUCAUGGUCACUAUUUAUAACCACAUCUUCUUUGUUCUGCCAGCUGUAAUAAUUGGUACGCUCUUUAUGCCUGCACCACCACUGCCACGAGAUGCUCCCACAGUGUGCGAACUGUUUAUCGAUGGCCUGGCUGUGAUUCUGCUCUUUGACACUCAGUACUAUAUUUGGCAUUUCAUGCAUCAUAAGUAUCCUCACCUUUACCGCUGGAUCCAUGCAGUCCAUCAUGAAUACAUGGCACCCUUCUCGUGGGCAGCUGAGCGACUCAGCAUCCCAGAACUGAUGAGUGUGGGACUCUGGAGCAACUACAACCCAAUUCUUCUAAACUGUCACCCACUGACCACAUGGUGCAUUACAGUUUUUAGUAUCUGGAUGUCUGUUGAGGACCACAUAGGUUACGACUUGCCGUGGACCUUGAACCAUGUGGUGCCUUUGGGACUGCUGGGUGGAGCACCAGCGCACGACAUGCACCACCAGAGGCCAAGCAGUAACUACGCUCCUUUCUUCAGCCACUGGGACAGAAUUUUUGGCACUGCUGUUCCUUUGAAGAAAAAAACUCAGAAUAACAAAUGAAAACUGCUCUGUAAAUAAAGUCUAUUUUUUUAUGUCACAUUGUUAGCACUGAAAAAUUCUUUCUAAUGCUGUAUCCUGUAAUUACUGAUGACUUGCUGCCUCCACAUUUGGUUUCUCAGUGAACUUUGUUAAAAGCACUCACUGAAUUUUGAAUUAAAAACAGGAUCUUGUUUACAAAGAA